CUCAAGUCGAGUUCAAGUCGAGUAUUUUUUAUUUUAAAGUCGAAUUUGAGAUCAAAAAUACUAGGUUCGUUAGCUAUCGAGCAAGCCGCCUCUCAGUGAUCACCUUCAAAUCAUUAUUGCCUUUGAGCUCCUAAAAUUAUCGUCAGAAUCUUUCCAAUACCUUAAUUAGGAAUCCAAGCCCCAUUAAAAACACAGAAAACAAGAAAGGAAAAAGAAAAAACGAAAGGCAGAAAAGAGCAGAAGGAAAGAAAGGAAUCAGCAGGGAGUUGCUGUUGCCGCCGCCGCCGCCACCGGAACUUUCCACCACCACCUGCAAAUCAUCACCGAAAGAGCACUACUGGUACUGGUGCAUCUGGAAAUUCCCCAUAAAAAAUGUCAACGUUGAAGGAAAUCCUGACCCGUCGGCCAGUGGCAGCGACGAUCCGCUUAACAGUUCCAGCCGGGGGAGCUAGGCCGGCACCUCCAGUGGGGCCUGCGCUGGGUCAAUACAGGCUCAAUCUGAUGGCCUUCUGCAAGGAUUUCAAUGCCAGGACGCAAAAGUACAAGCCUGACACCCCCAUGGCCGUCGUCAUCACUGCCUUCAAGGACAACACCUUCGAGUUCACUGUUAGGUCGCCUUCGGUUACGUGGUACCUAAAGAAGGCGGCGGGGUUGGAGAAGGGGAGCGGGCGCCCCGGUCAUGUGACGGCUUCCUCCUUGACCUUGAAGCACGUGUACGAAAUUGCCAAGGUGAAGCAGCAGGACCCCUAUUGUCAGUAUAUGCCUCUGGAGUCCAUUUGUAAGUCUAUCAUUGGAACUGCUAAUUCCAUGGGGAUUAAAGUCCAGAAGGAGUUUGAUUAGAUUUUUUUUCUUUUUAUUUUUGGUUCUUUUUUGCUGCUGCUGUCUUAGUUUUGUGCCGUUCUGUUGCUGCUUCAUUGUUACCUUUUUUUUUUCUUCCGCUUUCUCUCCCUCUUUCCUUGUGUUUCUUCAACUACUGUGACUAUUUUUUUUCGGUGCAUUUAAGAAUUUGGUGGCUGAGAGAGUACUAUUGGCUGAAAUUAAGUACAGUACUGCCAAUAGUACCAUUUCCGCGGCAAUUUGGUUACGGUGGAUGGAGUGGAAUGUUAGAUUUUACUACUAUAAAAUUUUUCAUGCUCUUUGAUG